UCAACAUGGCCGCGGUUUCGAGCGCCAUCACUCAGUCUCAGGAAUACAUUAGCUUUCGUAGUACUGUGCCAUUGAGGCGGAUUGUUGUUGAUAGCUCAGAUGAAAAGGAGUGGCUGAUAUACGAUGCUGGACCCCGUAAUGUCCGCUGUCCUCUGGUGUGUUUGCCUCCAGCCAGCGGCACUGCUGAUGUGUUUUUCAAACAAAUUCUCACACUUUCAAGUCUUGGAUACAGAGUAAUGUCGGUGGAAUAUCCUGUAUACUGGACAUAUAAUGAAUGGACUGAGGGUUUCAUACGACUGCUGGAUUAUCUGAAGCUUGAUGAGGUCCAUCUUUUUGGUGCCUCUCUUGGUGGCUUCCUUGCACAGAAGUUUGCAGAAAUGACCUACAAAAGUCCUAGAGUUCACUCUUUGAUAUUAUGUAAUGCUUUUGCUGAUACAUCAGUCUUUCAGCAAACAGCAACUGCAACCACGUUCUGGGUGAUGCCUGCCUUUGUUUUAAAGAAAAUGAUAAUGAAUAAUUUCACUACUGAAGAGGUUGAUGAAGACAUUGCUGAUUCAAUUGAUUUCAUGGUGGAGAGAGUGAGUAAAAUGCACAUCACCUAAUAAGCUUUCAAGUUACAUUGAACUGUACAAGAGAUUUGUCAUGUUACUCAUUUGGUGCUGGUCUUUGAUGAUUGUGCCCUCUCACAGCCUGUCAAGGAUGAGCUUUACAAAUGUUAUCCAAAUGCCAAGAGAGCUCAUCUAAAGAAGGGAGGUAACUUCCCAUAUCUCUGUCGGAGUGCUGAUGUCAAUCUUUACCUGCAGAUACAUCUUCGACAGUUCAUGGGGAAGCGGUUCAGUGCAAUGGAUCCCAAGUUUAUGACAGAAGAAGACAUGUUAUCAUGUGGGUUGAUGCCAUCUGCUGAACCACCCUCUGUGGUGUCAACAGAUGAUGAAGCAGAUGAAUAGAUAUUAUAUGUUGUUAAAAUGAAUACAGUGGAGCCAUGUUGUGCAACUAUCAGCAGGACAAGAAAACUCUGAGUCCCCCUCUUGGUCUGGUGAUUUUUGCCGAUGUCAUAGAAUGUUCUUUGUACAUCUCAGAUUCACCUUUAGUUAUA